AUGAAAACUUUCCGGCCAAAGAAAAAGUUUGCUCCAGAAACGACCCAUUAUCAUUUACACAAGCAAGCUGAAGCCUCUCUAAAUGCCGGUAUCGAUCUUCGCGAAGCCGUCAAGAAACCACCCGAUGAAGAACUGAAUGAUUGGAUAGCUGUGCAUGUUGUGGACUUUUACAAUCGGAUAAACCUCAUAUACGGCACCAUAUGUGAUAGGUGUACGGAAGAAACGUGUCCACGUAUGACGGGCGGUAAAAAAUUCGAGUACCAUUGGCGUGACGACAAUCGAUACCGGAAACCAACACCGAUGCCUGCCCCCUUGUACAUCAGUCUCCUGAUGGACUGGAUUGAGGAACAGAUUAAUAAUCCCAACAUCUUUCCGACUUCCGUGGAUGUUCCCUUCCCAAAGAAUUAUCAAAGUGUCGUGAAAAAAAUUAUGAGCCGCCUUUAUCGCGUUUUUGUUCAUGUGUACAUUCACCACUUUGAUCGACUGGUCGAAAUCUCAGCGGAUGCGCACGUCAAUAUCUGCUAUAAGCAUUUUUACUACUUCGUUACCUAUUUUGAUCUCAUCGAUCCAAAGGAGCUAGCUCCCCUCUCCUUUCCAAACGCACAGGUGAGCCACGUGCCCACAGCCGUGUUAGAGACACUGCAACCCACCCACGCAUCAGUGGGCAUCGAACCAGUAUGCUGUUCUUCUGGUCCUUGGCAAUUCCAGUAUUGCGCAGGCUUGUACUGCGGUGUGCUGUCGAACUGCUUAUUUGUUCUGUGGCAGACUCUUGAGUUGUUGGGCAUUGUGACUGGGGUCUUUAAUGUGUCGGCUGACCGCUACUACCUCUACUAG